AUGGCGCCGUCGAUUGCAGCCAAAAAGGCCUUUUUCCGGGGGUUGGACCGGCUGAAUGAGGUAGCAGAAGUCAGAUCCAUUUCUACGGACGGUAUGACUUCGAAUCCCAGGCCUACUUCGGGCAAAAGAAAGCGACAGUUCCAGUCUGUCGUGAUUCCGGAGCAACAUCAGAUAUUCAGGGGACUUGUUUUCUUCUUCUUCCCGAAUAACGACGUAUCGUCGCUUCGACGCUUGCGAAUCCAGCGAGCGCAAGACUAUGGUGCUUUUUGGGAAAGGACCUGGGGCGACAAUGUCACCCACGUCAUUGUGGACAAAGGGUUGACAUUUCAGGACGUCCUGAAACACUUGAGUCUGGAGACCUUUCCGGCGGAUGUUGCUCUUGUUGAUGAGAGUUAUCCUUCUGAGUGCGUCAAGUUCCGCUCGGUCCUCAGUGCCACUCAGACACGUUUUCGUGUCAACGGUGCAGCCGCACCUAAACCGAACGAAGACUUGCCUGCAAAUGAACCCUCGUCUAUUGGGUCGUUAACGGUAAAGCCGGCUAAGAAAGAACAGCAUCCCCGGACCCCGUCCCAGAGGUCUGAGAGCGAGCAUGGCGAUGAGAUUCCCGAGAAAGGGAUGGCCGAACCUCCGGGAAAAGGCCCGGUCGUUCCAGAACCGGACCGGGAACGUGAUGCUUUGGAUGAUAUGAUCGAGGAAGCCAAGGCUGUGAAGCAUUUGCCUCUGGAGCUUUUUGACUCCCACGAUGAGGAAACAGCCGCUGAGGCAUCCGACAGCGAUGCCUCUGACUCAUCGGAAUGCCGACAACCCGAGAAGAAAAUGAUGCUUGGAAAAUACGAGGCUGCGGAUGCCUGGCAACAGAAGUUUGCCUGCAUGCAGAAGCACGACUCGAAGUCGAACGCCGAAAACCCGAACACCAGGACCAUUGCAGUUCUCCAGCAGAUGCUGGACUACUAUACUCGAACGGAUGACCACUGGCGCACGAUCGCCUAUCGCAAGGCAAUCAGCGCCCUUCGGAGACAGUCGAAGAAGAUUGUCACCAAGUCCCAAGCACUGGCUAUUCCAGGAAUUGGAACACGUUUGGCGGACAAAAUCGAGGAGAUAGUAUUCACCAACCGACUCCGUCGCUUGGAAAACGCAAGCGCUACGUCUGAAGAUCAUAUCCUUCAGUUGUUCUUGGGGGUCUAUGGAGCCGGGAUUACGCAGGCAUCAAGAUGGCUGGCCCAAGGCUACAGGUCGCUGGAGGACCUGAAGACUAAAGCGCCGCUGUCCCAACAGCAGCGGGUGGGCGUGGAGCGCUACUACGAUUUCUCCCAGCGCAUCCCAAGGCGGGAGGUUGAGGAACAUGGCGCGAUCGUCCGGAGGGCGGUGCAAAAAUCCGACCCCGAGAUGCAGGUCAUCAUCGGGGGCUCGUACCGCAGAGGGACGUUAGACUCGGGCGACGUCGACUUGAUCAUCACUAAGCCUGAGGCGACGAUCGAGCAAAUUCGUACCUUGAUGAUUGAGACCGUCGUCCCGGGCCUCUUUCGUCAAGGAUUCCUGCAGGCCAGUCUGGCCACCACGUCCCUUCGAGACGGGUCUAAGUGGCACGGGGCGUCUAAACUGCCAGACGGGCGCCUCUGGCGGCGGAUCGAUCUCUUGUUCGUGCCGGACGCGGAGAUCGGGGCGGCGUUGAUCUACUUCACGGGCAACGACAUCUUCAACCGUAGUAUGAGGCUCCUGGCGAGCAAGAAGGGCAUGCGGCUUAAUCAGCGAGGGCUCUAUACCGAUGUGUUACGCGGACCACAACGGGUCAAGCUGACGGCUGGCCGGCUAGUUGAGGGCCGCGAAGAGCGGCGGAUCUUCGCGAUCCUGGGGGUUCCCUGGCGGCCUCCCGAACACCGCAUCUGCUGAUGUGCCCGAAUUCGUGUCGCGAGACACGUCGCGGAGAGUCAAGCCGGCGGGAGACGGGCGGCGACGGAUGACAGAUAAUAUUCGGAUUGCCGGAGGGGUUUUGUGGCUUUGCUUUUGCUUUUGAGGGCCAGACCGACUUCUUGCCAGGCGGAGGUAUCGCCAUGUAACAAGUAACACUGAAUGUAUGGCGGCAGCCGCGAGGAGGCCCGAAAUUCCCGCAGCGCGAGGUGUGUCAGACUGACCACGGGGGGGUUGAAUGCAAGUACGGUGUCGUGUAGACUGUAGCUGUAGGCAGGCUGUAGGCUGUAGGCUGUAGGCUGUAGCACGCAUUACAGGUGUAUCAAUCGGUCUCAGGUGGAUCGGAGGGCUGCUUGCUUAUCGGGGGAGACAGGAAAAGGCGGUCACGGGCAGGGUUGCGACAGUGGUGGCU